AUGAUUGAUACAGGAAAAACAAAUAAGUAUUUACACACUCCAUUUGAAAUGUUUUUGAUGGUAAUAAUAACUGCAGUUUCGAAUGGUGUAAUGAUCCCCUAAAUCAUUUACACAUACAAAAUUAAGAAUGUACAUACAUUAUUCCUCUCUGGAUUAUUGUUUGUGUCCUCAUUCAUGUAUCAUCUGUCUGAAAGUAUAGGAGUCGAGCCAAUUAUAUUAAAAGAGGUUGAUUGGCAUCAACUAGACAAUAUUGCAUCAAUUUGUGGAUUGAUGGAAUUGUUCAAUUACUUAAUGCAAAAUAAUAGAAGCACAAGAAAAUCGAUUUAAUGGAUCAAUUUUAUUUUUGUUGUAAUAAUAUAAGAAUCACAUGCAUGGAAUGUUUGGGCAACUGUGAUUCCAAUCUUAAUUAGUCUAAUCAUUUUUAUAAUCAAAUAAACAUUUUACCCAAAGAAGGGUUAAAUUGUAAAUAAGGAUUACCUUCAUAAAGGAUUAUUCUACUUAUUUAUUGGAUUUAUUGCAUUUUAUUUUGGUUUGGAUGAAUAUAAAGAUUAUUUGAGGCUUUGGCAUGGAUUAUGGCAUUUGGCAAUGAAUCAGGCUUAUUUUCAUUUGUAUCAAUUAUUCAAUCCUAAAGUGUAUACAUUUUUGGAGUGCUGGGAUUUAAAAUAAGAGUAUGCCAAAGAGUGAUAAAAUUGAUAUCAAUAAAUAAAAUUUGGUUGUUUAAAGAAACAAAUUUAUAUUUUUGUAUUA